AUGGGCCUCACUGAUGUGUUUUCUACCAGGGAGCCACGCGUAGUAUACCAGGACUAUUGGCGCCUUGUCAAAACACAGCCGGAUCGGCCCAAAGAGACCUAUCACUGCGCUUAUCUCAUAGACUGGAUCAAUACAUCGGCUCGAAAUUUUCGGGGCGUUCUGGCCGACGCAAGCCUGGCCUUUGAAAAAAGUCAGUCUGCUUGGAAUCUGAGUACGACCUGCCACUUGCUGAGCUUGGAACUCAACAAACGGCUCGAUAUGGACAAGGUGACCAAGAUCGUCUGUUUUGGACUUGGAGAUAUGUGUCGCAAGCCUCCAGAGUGGGUGAUGAGAAGCGAAAGUUUGCAUGGGCAUGAUGUCGAAGCGAGCUUUGUUCAGCCCAGCAUGCUUCAGCACGCAAUCGCCUUGACAAUGAUGAAAAUCUGCCACGAUAAAACUGGAAAUGCUGUCGAUCUACUGGCUCAAGAUCCCGACUAUACAGAACAAGCAAAGACGAUCCUGGAGAUAAACGGCUUUUCGGUUGUGGGGCAGCAUGGGGCUGGAGGGUUUGCCGAAGUUGAUGAUAAUUCUGUGGUGUUUUCAGUCUUCGUUAAAGCGCCUCUCAAACAGAUUAUCGCCGAUAUUGCACGACCCAUCUUGAUUAUAACUGACGGUUUUGAGGUGUUCAAUGACUCCGCGUAA